UGACCCCAACACCUCCAGAGCAGGAGAGAGAAGCAUAUGAGAGGCAGCCCUGCGGAGCCAGGCUGACACCAUUGCAUGUUCUUUAUUACCAGCAUCGAUUGACACCCUCUGUCCCCAUCGAAAUCACGAUGGGAGAACUCAAUAAACUGGUUGAAGAGGGUAAAAUCAAGUAUGUAGGUCUCUUAGAGGCCUCGGCUUUGACAAUUAGAAGGGCUCAUGCUGUUCAUCCCAUAAUAGCAGUGCAGUUGGAGUGGUCCUUGUGGACAAGAGAUGCAGAGGAAGAAAUCAUUCCUACUUGCAGAGAACUAGGAAUUGGGAUUGUUGCAUACAGUCCUCUGGGCAGGGGGUUCUUUUCUUCAGGGGCAAAGAUGGCCAAGAACUUGACUGAAAAUGAUGCCCGAAAGAAUCUACCAAGGUUUCAACCAGAUAAUUUGAAACAUAACAAAAACAUUUUCGAACAAGUUAACGAAAUGGCAGAAAGAAACGGAUGCACCCCAUCACAACUAGCAUUAGCAUGGGUCCAUCACCAAGGAAAUGAUGUGUGUUCGAUACCUGGUACCACAAAGAUCGAAAACUUCAACAACAACAUUGGAGCUUUGUCUGUAAGACUAUCAGUAAUAGACAUGGCUCAACUCGAAUCU